CUUGGUCUGUUUCAGCUCCGCAACGCUGGGUAGGGACGGAGGUGACGGGAAAGAAGAGGUGCGAGAGGAGGGGCUGACCCUGUGGCAUAGAGGCGGGCCUGAGGUUCGGCGAUGUCUCUCGGGGUGCCCAGCGCCAGGCCCGGGAGAGGGACCGCCGUGUCCGCGUCCUGCCUCCUCUCCCGCCGCUACCGGCCCCGCCCGCCCACAGAGUCCGAUGGCUGCGGCGGCGCUGAGGGACCCGCCUGAGGGCAGUGUGAGUUUUGAAGAUGUGGCCGUGAACUUUUCCUUGGAGGAAUGGGGUCUCCUUGACGAGGCUCAGAGAUGCCUGUACCAUGAUGUGAUGCUGGAGAACUUGGCACUUACAACCUCCCCGGGUAAAACACCUGAAUAUGUACAAGGACUUGAAAGCCUACAGGAAGGGCCGUGGAGCCACCCCAGCCACAGCACGCAGGCCGACAUGGUGCCUGCAGGCCAGCCAGGAUGGUCCUGGCCCCGGGCGCUCUUCUGGAAGCUUUCCAUUUCCCUGCCUGAGGUGGCAGCCCAGCAACUCCUGCAGAAAGCCCAGCAGAGCCCCACUAACACCAGGACGCCCACAAAGCCGUGGCCCCUCACUCCCUCCCACCAGCCCAACCCGAGACUGCUGACGGGGCAGAGCAUAUGGCGUCAGGCACAGCUGCAGGUACUCUUGCCUGGAAGGGGUAUUUAUAUUGACCUCAACCCAGGCACACCUGGGGAGGGCUGGCCGGCUGGGUCAGGCUGCCCAGGUCAGCCAUUCCUCGCCCAUCAGGGGAUCAGAGUUGCACAAAUUGGGCCUUGCUGCACGGGCCAGGUCCAAGGAACUGGUGUGGGGUCCUGAGGGUCAGGAUAAACAAGGGGCUGCAGCCCUGGCUUGUUUUCUAAUCAUUUUAUCUGGUCCAUGAGUGGGAGACAACUUCAAGAAGACCCUCUCCUAAUCAGAGGAACCCAGGAGUCAGGGAGAGGAGGGGUGGUGGGUGGAGACAGAGGCCUGGUGCCCCGGCUGCAGUGUAAGUCUCUGGAAGACCCGGUGGAGGGAGACGAGAUAAGCCCCAUGGGCUGCCCAGGCGAGUCCCAUGUUCUGGAAGGUGCCUGCCCACCUUAGCCCCGUGGGCUUCUGGUUGCCUGCUCAGGUGAGCUCCAUAUCCUGGGAGGGGCCUGUGUAAAAGAGCCCUUGCAGUGGGAGGGGCUGUGGAACAAGCAUCCUCUUUGCCACCAGCACACAGUUGCUUCCUCACCCUUGGGCAGUGCUGGGGUGAGAUGAGAAGCAGGAGACACUGUGGGCUCCUGAAACCCUGCGCGGGCUCACGUAGAGCAAGGAGGUCAGCAGGUGGGCGCUGGCUGCUGUGCUGCAGACUCGCUUUGAAUGUAGCUAUUUCUUUUAUAGCACUUCAUAUUAUGUGAAUAUAAAUUAUUUAUCACAUAUGUAUUUUGCAAAUAUUUUUCUCCCAGUUUCUGGCUUGUCUCUUGGCUUUCAGAAUAAGGUAUUUAACCAAGUACAAUUUUCAGUUUUAUAAAGUACGUUAUUAAGUUUUUCCCUUUUGUGUGAGGGCUUUUCACGUGGUGUUAGAAAUCAAAGCUCGUGAUCUAUGUGACCAAACCCAUGGCCAUGUCAAUUUUCUUCUAUAUGAUCUUCUAUAAUUUUUAAAGUUUUAUAUUUUAAAUUUG